UGUAUGUACCCCUCCGCAGCAGCCAAGCACCCAACCAUCUCCAACCAACACCUACAUACAUCUACCCAGCAUGCCAAUCAGCCUUCACUCUCACUCUGGUCAGUUCUGCAAGCAUGCCACCGGAACCCUCGAUUCGGUGAUCCGGACUGCUAUAGACCGGGGCUUCAUCAGUUAUGGUCUUUCCGAGCACAUGCCACGAGAUCGGGUCCAAGAUCUCUAUCCAGAGGAGAGUGGCAUCCAGCCAUCCGAACUCGGCGAGCAGUUUGACUGCUUCAUAGCCGAAGCUGGUCGACUCAAGCAACUCUAUUCUCCUCAGAUCGGGCUGUUGGUUGGAAUCGAGACCGAGCUGAUCGAACAGUCGAAUACCUUCCAGUUACUCGACCAGACCCUUACCCGCCAUUGGGAUACCUUGGAUUAUCUAGUCGGGAGCGUCCACCAUGUCAACCAAAUCCCAAUCGACUUCGAUCGGCCCAUGUUCGACAGAGCCGUUUUGUCCUUCGAAUCAACCAAUCACUCACUCGAGCCACUUCAUCGACUCUGUGAGGCCUAUUUCGAUGCCCAGCACACAUUGAUCGAGCGAUACCGGCCCGAGGUCAUUGGUCAUUUCGACCUUUGUCUACUCUUCAACCCAGAUCUCGACCUCCAAGCCGAACCGGCGGUAUGGACUAAGAUUGAGAGGAACGUCAGACUCGCAAUCUCAUAUGGAGCUCUCUUUGAAGUCAACUCGGCAUCAAUCAGAAAAGGCUGGCCGACACCCUAUCCAAGUCCACCAAUCUUGCAAUUAAUCAUCUCACUAGGUGGUAGAUUGACUCUAUCUGAUGAUUCGCAUGGCUCCGAUCGUGUGGGAUUGAACUACGACAAGAGUUUCGACUAUCUGAAAAUGAAUAAUGUCUCAACAUUGUGGUACCUUGUUCCUGCAGCUGAGGAGCACUCGAUCAUGCAGCCGAGGGGAAAGGUUUCUGCGGUACCAAUCCCUGGAAACUGGUGGGAACAUCCGUUUUGGUCCCAGGCAUCAGCUAAUCCUGUGACCGCAGCCAAUGAUCGUCUUGAGGACCUGGACAAUCAGCCCACUUCUUCUUCCUCGGCCUCAAUCGAACUCGCCAGGUUGAACUUCCAGUCAGGCCAAACCCCGAACAAGAACGCAAAUGAUGAAAGAUUCAAAUGGAGUCAGUUUCCCAUUGAUAAAUUCACAAAUCAAACAUGGUUCAUCGUUUCAAGUUCAUUGCCAUUCUGGAAAAGUAAGAAAAACGCAACGAUCAGCUAUUCUAAUCUAGAUAACGAACCAUCAAGUGUAAUGUAUGAUUUGGUCGAGUACCAUGGAGCCCUAACUGAUGAACCUAGCUCAAAACGAAGGAAGAUCGAAGGGAUCGAUCGGCCAAAAAGUGAAAUGAAUGAAGACGCACAAUUAGUAGAAUGGAGGUGGAGAGGGAAAGGGCUAUUGAGGCUCCUGAGCAGUGACUGGCAGGUGAUUGGAUAUAACUUAUCGAGCUCAAAGAACGGUGAUGAGAAUGGAAAACCCUCAGGACCAGAUUGGGUGGUCACUUUUUUCCGCCAGACUUUGGUGACGCCUGCUGGGAUUGACAUCUAUUCGAGAAGCCCGACCUCUCUGCCCACCGAAUUGAAGGAACAGUUGCUCCAAGCUCUUCGUAAUCACCCAUCUAAACUUGUGUCGAGUCUAGUUGAUUCAAUGUUUGAUAUACCCCACGACAUACCUUGAUCAAUAUCACAUCUACUCUCCCCUUGUUAAACUUGAUAUAUCCUGUCUUUAUAGAUCGGGGUAUCUGUACACGCAGUGAGGCAAACAAGGGCUGGGCAGGCGACUUGGACCUUGCCAAAUAAAUGCAUUUGUAAUCCAUCACCCUUCGGCAGAUGAACAUCAAUUUUGCUGGAAGUUCAGCCUCUUAGAGGUCAGGUUGUAUGAUUUCAAGCUACCAGAUGACAUUGUAGAAAUGCGCUGGCUGGUGGAGUCACCAGGGAAAGAGGGAUAUGCUCAGGAGAAAAGAAA